CUCAUGCGGGUCGUGAGGCGCGGCCGUCCCGGGCUGAGAGGAAUGGCGGGGUGCACGCGUCGCCGCGGUCGCUCCUCGCCAGCUCUGCAGCUCGGAUUCUAACUCGAGCUCCGCGGCCCCGUCCGGCCCACCUCUGCCUCGGGCCCGCGCCCUCCGGAGGUUGCCCGACCUCACACCCUAGGCUGCAGCGGCCCAGCGCAGGCCCUAGGUCCGGGUCGACCUCGAUCGGACGGGACACGCGGCUGACGGGACGGGCGGCGGGCGGGACUGCGGGUGCAGAGGUGGCGGCCAGCAGAGGGCGCGACCCGAGCAUGGCCGAGGAGCGCCGGGGAUCCUGGUUUGGCUUCGGUUUCUGCGGCUUCGGGCAGGCGCUGGGCUCGGGGCGCGGGCAGCAGGUGCACAGCCCCGAGCCGCUGGAGACACCCGGCCCGGGCGCCGACGUCUGCCGCGUGAGCGCCAGCUGGAGCUACACCGCCGUCGUGACCCGUGGAGGCCAAGUGCAGCUUUCGGGCGCGGCCGGCGGCGCGGCGGGCGGCUGCAGGGACGCGUGGGCCUCGGAGGCGCUCCUCGUGGUGCUGCGCGCCGGGCCGGCAGUCGGGCCCGGGCCGGAGCUGCAGGCCUGGGCGCCGGGUUCGGCGCUGCGCGGAGAGCCCCUGUGGACCCACACGCUGGUGCCGGAGGCCGAGCGGGAAGACGCCGCGGGCGGGGAGCCCCAGGCCCAGGCGCUGCCCCUGCUGCCCGGCGCGCGCGCCUACGUGAGUCCGCGGCCGCCCUUCUACCGGCCUCUGGCCCCGGAGCUGCGGGCGCGCCGGGUGGAGCUGGGCGGCGAGCACGCCUUGCUGCUGGACGAAGCGGGCCAGGUGUUCUCCUGGGGCCAGGGCAGGCACGGACAGCUGGGCCACGGGACUCUGGAGGCUGCGCCGGAGCCGAGGCUGCUGGAGGCGCUGCAGGGCCUUCCCAUGGCUGAGGUGGCCGCGGGUGGCUGGCACUCCGUGUGUGUGAGCGAGACGGGGGAUAUUUAUGUCUGGGGCUGGAAUGAAUCCGGGCAGCUGGCCCUGCCCACCAGGAGCCUGGCAGAGGAUGGAAAGACCGUUGCCAGGGAAGCCGGCGGGCGGAACGAAGGUGACUCCAACGUGAGGACAGUGGGGAGUGAGGACGGAGCCCCAGCCCCCUUCAUAGCCAUCCAAUCCUUCCCUGCUUUACUGGAUCUGCCCUGGGGCGCGGAGGCAGCCCAGGCCAGCUGUGGCUCCCGGCACACGGCGGUGGUGACAAGGACUGGGGAGCUCUACACCUGGGGCUGGGCCGUGCCGGCGGAGUGAGGGGAUCUCUCGUCGUGGUGGUGGCUUGCGUCUCCCCGAUGCUGAGUGAUGUCGAGCAUCUUCUCAUGUGACUGUUGGCCAUCUG